AUGGCGAACCUUAAAAUUUUCGUGUUCCUGUUUGUUGUCAUGGUAUCAUCGUCAAUUAUAUUAGCACAAGAAUCACCUGAGUCUUUGAGUUCUGAACCAGGUAGCCCUCAAAAUGCACCCACCACACAAGCACCAUUUGGCUCCGGAAUAUUUAACCAUUUCCCCUUAAAGCCUCCUAGUUUCGACUUGCAUGCACUAUGGCCUCAUUUUGCCGCUACUGGGUUUGCCCCACGUCACAAAAGGGCUAUUAAGGAGGAUUCAGAAAUAGAGGAUCAUCCCAGAGCAAAGCGGAGAGUGAUUACUUAUGCACGAGUUGCAAUAGUGUUCGACGUUGUUAUCCAUUUCACUUGGGCACGAUCACGACGUGCGGCGGCAACUUUACUUAUUGCAAGAAUGGGGUAUGCUCAUCAAUCAAAGGAUCUUUGUGCUCUUCAAUAUCAUCAACAUCUACAUCUACCACUACUCCGGCUUCAACCACAAGUGCAAACUCGACUAGCAGCGGAUAAUAAAAAACCAGAAGUAAGAGUUAUCCUCUAA